CACAUCGUUCUCGCCGGCUUCAUCGCCCCGUCAUCGUCCUCUCCAGCAUCAGCUGCGGCAUUGUCUCUUUCAAACUUGCAUCGAUUCAUCGCCUAGAUCUCCUUGUUUCUCUGUGCAUAAUGUCUGCCAACUCCACCUCGCCCGCGCCUGCAUCCAACCCGGCCAGCUCUGUUCAUCAAAAUGUCGUUCCUUCCGAGGUCGGCUGGCAAUUCGUCCCGCAGUACUAUACUUUCGUAAACAAGCAGCCAAACCGCCUGCACUGCUUCUACACCAAAAAAUCGACGUUCAUCCAUGGAACUGAGGGUGAGGAUGGGCGCCCUUGUUAUGGCCAGCAGGAAAUUCACCAGAAGAUUCUGUCGAUCGGUUUUCAAGACUGCAAGGUCUUCAUCCAUAGCGUUGAUGCUCAGGCAUCCGCCAAUAACGGAAUUAUCAUUCAAGUUAUUGGGGAGAUGUCGAAUCGCGGCGAGGCCUGGCGCAAAUUUGUCCAGACGUUCUUCCUGGCGGAACAGCCGAAUGGUUACUUUGUCCUCAAUGAUAUCUUCCGUUUCCUCAAGGAAGAAUCCGUUGAGGAUGAGGAGGCAGAGGAAGCAGAAGAACCGCAGCCUGAAGCAGCUCCUGCCGUUUCAAUGCAUGUGGAGCCCGAGCCAGUUAUCACCACAGCUUCCGCUCCAGAGCCCGCUCCUGUACAUGAGCCAAUACGAGAGCCAACGCCCGAGCCCCAGCCCGAGCCUGAGCCAGUGCCGACCGCUGUCGUCGAAGAGCCCGCUAGACCUCAGCCGAAUGGUGUGCGCCAUGACGCUGAAUCCAAAGAGCCGGAGCCCAUUGUAGAGCCUCCUGCUCCCCAGGAGCCUGUUCGUGAACCAACGCCAACGUCAGCUCCUGCAUCUGUGCCUGCAGCUCAACCAUCGCCAUCGCCAUCUCCUGCUGUACCGGCUCCCCAACCGUCAGCUGCUCCCGCCGUCCAACAGCAGCCGCCAGCUCCUCAACAGCCUGCCCAGCUUCCUCAACCCGCUGCGCCAAAGACUUGGGCUAAUCUUGCCGCUGCCAACUCUAAGAAAUGGGGCUCCGCCGUCGCCCAGGAGUCGCGAGGUAUGAGCGUCGAAGCUGCUCCGGCGCCGCAGCCACCUUCCCGCAGCGGAACGAAUACACCAGUUUCGGCUUCUUCCGCCAGCGGUGCUCGGCCCGGCUCUACUCAAAAGAAUGGACGAGCAAGCCAUCAUCUGUACCAACAGGCACUAGGCGUUACCUCCCCGCAUGUCUUCGUCAAGGGACUCGUCGACCCUAUCAGGAACGAAGAUCUGGAAGAACUGCUUGUGAAGUAUGGUAAAAUCAAGGAGAUUGAGUUUGUGCGUAGCAGCGCUUGCGCGUUUGUUGAAUAUGACGAUGUCAAGAGCGCGCAGCGUGCGAUCACUGCGAGCCUCAACGUCAACCAGGGUGGGGACGGUGGAAUCGUCUACAAGCACGAUUCUGGCGAGAGCUACCGCGUUGUUGUUGAGACGAAAAAGGAGAGAGGCGAGAGACCUCCACCGCGUGGACGUGGUGGGGUGCCGCCGCAGGGAGCCCGCGGUAAUUUCAGGGGAGGGCGCGGUCGUGGACGCGGCGUACCCGCUGGCAAGGCGAUGUGACGGAGCCUUGCUGAAAAAUAAAACUAAUUCUGUGUUCUAUGGUUAAGUAUUUUGCUGUUCGUGCAGGGCGUUCGGCUUUUUAUACGUUUCUUUUUACAGUUUUAUUCUCUUUUAUUCUCUCUUUCUCAAUGUGUCUUUCAACUGUCGACAAUCGCACUGUUGUUUUGUUCCGCUGGCUUUCGUGAUGCCCAUUCCCUCCUCCUCCUUUUCAACUCGCACAUCGCUAUCUAUUCAAACAACUGCAUCCUCUCUUAUGACCUUAUGUGCCUCUCCAGACAUAUCCUCUCUCAUAUCCUCCUCCGGACCCUUUCCCCCCGUACCGUCUUUCUUGACUGUCGGGAUCAGUGUAUGCUUUUCUUGAAUUUGUCCGUCCACGCAACGUCUAUGACUCAGCUGCGACUUUUUUUGUAGCUAGUAACAUAUGAUAUUUGCAUAUGCAAUCCUGUCUUUCUAAAAUACUUUAUAGACAAAAGCGGACUCCUGGCUUUUUAUUCUAAUAUUCAUUCAAA